AUAGAAGUAGAACUCAUAUUUGCUGUUCAAGACUUAAGAACAGGAGAGACACAGAUUUUCAUAACAGGUCAAAAGAAUACUUGUCCAUGGAGAGUGUUAAUUUUACCUCUUCAGUUUCUGCACCAAAGCCUUCACACCAUGAUGAACUCUUUAUGCAGCAAAGGAUGGUCUUCUCAGAGAGCUUGAAUGAAUUGAAGAAUCUGAGGAAACAGUUGUACUCAGCAGCAGAGUAUUUUGAAUUAUCUUAUAGCAAAGACGAUCAGAAACAAAUAGUGGUGGAGACCUUAAAAGAUUACACCAUUAAAGCAUUCAUAAAUACUGUAGACCACUUGGGUUCUAUGGCAGAUAAGGUCAACAAUUUUGUGGAUGAAAAAACUGUUGACGUUUCUGAAGCUGACCUCAAAUUCUCUUGCAUUGAGCAGAGACAGAGAACAAGCCAAGACCUCAUCGAUCGCAGUGGUUUGUUCCAACAAUCGUUGGCAUUUAGUUUUCCAAGGCAUCAUAAGCGGUACAUCAUUCCAGGUGGAGCCGCCAAAAAUGCUAUUGGUCAGUCUAAUUUGAUGUAUCACGGUGUCGAAAAUGAUUGGUUUCAAUUCAGAAAUGCAACAACUAGGGAGAUCUCUCCAACAAUAGUGAGUGAAGAGAAUUCAACGUCAACGCCGUCUUCACAAUCUUCACCCAAAACCUUUCACUUGACAAGAACAGCCUCCAAAGCAGAGAGGAAAGAACCAGCAAAUCAUUUUCCGCAUUCCGGUCUUGUCAAGAGAUCAACGACCGUGAACUCCUCUGCUUCCAAACAACGGUACCCAACAGAGCCUUGGAGAUCGGUUUCGAUGUCUAUUCAUACAGAAAGAGAUAGAGCCAAAAGUCCAGAACAUUCUGGCUUAAACAGACGCAUAUUGAAGGCUUUGGUUAGCAUGCGCAAGCGUAAAAAGGAUGCCACGUCAAACAAGUACAACUUCAAUGGGAACUGAGAUCUAUAAAGGAGCACAUUUGAAGUAAUUCGUUCUUCCAAGUCAUUUUAGUCUUAUGGUAAUGAUAUUUGUUUCACAUUCCUACACAAUUUCUUUAAGAGAAAAAAAAAAAGGAUCUUUUAUCAUAUACUGCAAGUGUUCAACUGGAUGUUUAGGCUUCCUUCUUGCACAAGUCUUCAUGGCACACUUUACAAUUGUAUCUUAUAAGAACUGUAAUUUUUAAGAGACGAGUGAAUCGUACUUAGAUUAUACUUGUCACUAACAAUUUUGAAAAGGGAAA